AUGGCCAAGCCCAGACUCAUCAUACUCAUCCGCCACGCCCAAUCCGAAGGCAACAAAAACAGAGACAUUCACCAGUCCGUACCCGACCACCGCGUCAAGCUCACCCCCGACGGCUGGUCCCAAGCCUACGACGCCGGCCGCCGCCUGCGCGCCCUCCUGCGCCCCGACGACACGCUCCAAAUCUUCACGUCCCCGUACCGCCGCACGCGCGACACCACCGAAGGCAUCCUCACCACCCUAACCUCCGACGCCGACGGACCCUCGCCCUUUCGCCGCGCCAACAUCAAAGUCUACGAGGAGCCGCGGCUGCGCGAGCAAGACUUUGGCAAUUUCCAGCCAUGCAGCGCCGAAAUGGAGCGCAUGUGGCAGGAGCGCGCCGACUAUGGACACUUCUUCUACAGGAUCCCCAACGGCGAGAGCGCGGCGGAUGCAUAUGAUCGCGUGAGCGGCUUCAACGAGAGCUUGUGGCGGCAGUUUGGCGAGGAUGAUUUUGCGAGCGUGUGCGUGCUGGUCACGCAUGGGCUCAUGUCGCGCGUGUUUCUGAUGAAGUGGUACCAUUUCACGGUGGAGUACUUUGAGGAUCUGCGCAACAUUGACCACUGCGAGUUCUUGGUCAUGCGUAAGCAGGAUAACGGGAAGUUUAAUCUGGAAACCAAGCUCCGCACGUGGUCGGAGCUCAAGCGCGAACGGGCCGCGCUCAAGGAAAAAGAAAAAGGCAAGGAAAAGGACAAGGGUGCGGUCGUGGCUCCGGCGUCGUCGUCAUCCUCAGCGGCGGCGGCGCCAGCAGCGGCAGCAGCAGCGGCAGCGGCAGCGGCAGCAGCAGCGGAUGGCGGCGGCGCGGGCGCAGGCGCAGGCGUGGGCGCGACGAGGGAUGAGUUCAAGCUGCAACGCAACAAGACAUUUGUGGUGACGCGACGAUGGGGCGGCUGCCCAGACGGAUGUAACCACACGAGCAAGUACCUGAAGCGGCAAGACCUCGAGUCGCUGCGGCAAAAGGACAGCGAGCAAGCCACGCUCUCCUCGCACAAAUCAGCCGCCGUGCCGCACCGCCACCGGGCCGCCCGUCCGGCCGUCAGCUCCGACUCCGACUCUGACGGCUGUUCCCACCACCACCACCACCAUCACCACCAUCACCACAACAGCGCCACGCCAUCCGGCAGUAGCACCGCCAGCCCGGACCGCAAGAAACCCGCCUCCACCGCCGCAUCCGCAUCCGCAUCCGCAUCCAUCAAACCCCUGCCCUUGCCACCGCCACCGCCGCCGCCGUCUUCACUCCACUCUCCGCACCUCGGGCGCGACUUUGGCGGCAGCUACUCUGGCCACGCCUCCGUCGCCGAUUCCGACAGCGACAAGCCCGACGACGGCCCCCCCUCUGACACGGAAUCGCGACAUGCCGCCACCACCACCGCCACCGCCUUGCAUCAUCGCCGUCGUCGCGGCAGCAUCCUCAACUCAAUCGAGGCGCGGCUGCUGCAGUCCACCAUUAAUAGCCACCACGCAAGACAGCGCAGCGCCAGCAGCUUUGGCAGCGCCGCGAGCCCCGGCAUCGACCCGUUUGCGAAUAGGCUUGGCGACGCGCCGCCGCUGGGGAGUGGCGGCGGCGGUGGUGGUGGUUGUGGUGGUGGCGCGGUAGCGUUGAGUGAUGACGAGGGCGAUGUGCCGACGAGAGUGGUGGCGGCGGAGGGGGGCAAGGGCCCGACGACGCCUGGAUGCGAGCAGCAGGAGGACGCGGAGGCGGAGCGCAAGGGAGGUGUGGAGGAUCUCGAGGCUGCAGAAAAGGCGGAUCGAAGCAUUCAAGGGAGUGUGUAUUAA